CAUCAUCAAUGUCUUCAUAGCCAAGCUUGCUCUUUUUCAUUGAUCCUAUGGCCUGCAUAUUCUUUCUGCCUCCUGGAACUAAAUGGACAAGCAUAAUGAUGAAAUCCAUAGUUCUUUAUUCAAAGAUGGAAACCUCUUUUUAAGCGUCUGUUUGGUUAGAUUCAUUAUGUCUUUGCUUUUGAGAACGCGCGGCAAUCGUGCAAUGCUGUUAUGCGCAAUACGUGGCAGCAGAGCGUUCUCCUCGGGUGUCCAGGGCGACAAGGUCUAUGAGAUGCGCACGUACACUGUCAAACCUGACAGAUUCAUUGAUUAUCUGAGACUGACUAUGGAGCAUAUCAGCAAGAGAACCAGUCAUUCCAAACUCUGUGGGUUUUGGUCAGUGGACCUUGGUGGUACAUURAGUGAAGUGAUCCACAUAUGGGAAUAUGAAUACUGUAACUAUGAGAGCUGCUCCCUGGUAUCCAGUACAGAAGUUCAGGUCCACAGCAGGUAUAUAUGAGCUUUCUUCUGAAACUAUUUUGCCUGGAAAGUGUGACCAGUUAGCUCAUCGGUGGAUGAUGGGUCUGGAUGCCUGGUGUAAACAAGACCCUCCAGUUGGCAUUUGGUUUAGUGAAUUAGGACCAAAAAAUAGAGUUCAUACAUUGAGAUCCUAUGAGAGCAUUGACAAGAGAUGUCAUAUCAAUGACAGUGCAAUGAAAGAUGAAGAAAUCAGAGAAACAGUUCGUGACCUCGCUGAAUUUGUAAUUGACUCAGAUGUGAAAAUUCUUACGCCAACAGCAUUUUCACCUUGGAAGUGAAUACAGCAAAGAAUGAAUUUUUUUAACAAAAUGUUAACUUUGAUAGGAUAGGAAUGACUUUUAAAUAAAACUAGAUUAUGAGUGAUU